ACUUCCGGAAUAAACACUCCUCUUAAAAACAUACGCACCCCAACAACAUGCUGGCACUAUAGUUUUAUUUAAACGGGAAUGUGUUUUUUUAAAUGGGUGAUACAGGUAGGUUAGUUUCAAUAUAUAUAUAUAUAUAUAUCAAAUUGCUAAUAACGGACGAGAAAGAUUCCAUUUUUUGACGACUUAGCUGCGAAAAUAACGUCGUGUGCGUGUAGCAGGUUAGAUCCGUAAAAGCUAGCUCGCAUCCUAAAUUAGCCUGCAGAACCCCACACAAUGAGCCGGGGCGUUUUCAUCCACAGCUGGCCCGGCUCCUACUACAUUAACUCAGACAAAAGAUGGGAGAAUGGUACGCUCUCCCUGAGCAGAACCACGCUGUGUUUCAUCUCCAACCAAACGAAGGAAAACCUUGCCAGCUUCUCCCUCUCCAGGAUCAUGGAGAUCAAAAUGGAGUCGUCCAGCUUCAUCUUCAGCACUCUAACAGUCUUGGAAGAAGGCAACGCCAAGCACUGGUUCGGUUCCCUGAAGCCCAAUAGGGUGGUGGUUUAUAACGUACUGGAGCAUUUCUGGAGGGAACGCCUCUUGUCCCCCGGCUCAGAGGCCAAGGGGCAAGCCGAAAAUCGGACCUCCAAAGGCCGGGACCUCAUCAGCCUUGUGGCCGGGGAUCAGAGGCGACUGGAGGACACUGGGACUGUGCUGAGCCACCAAGGAGAGCAGUUUGACCACAUGAUCCAAGACCUGGAGAAGAUUGACUCGGACCUGGGAGUGGCUGAUAAGUUCCUGUCACAGCUGGAAUCUCCUUCCUGGUGGCCUUUUGGGAAAAUUCCACGGAAGAUUCAGCAGGAAGCCAAGGCCGAGGAUGCUGCUCUGGCGGCUGCCGCAGCCUACAGAGGCCCCGACAGGAGUAAGGUGAUUGCAAGCAUCCCGGCUAUCGUGUCCAAAGGCAGAGAUUGUGACUUGAAGCCCGGCUGUCUCCUGGUGCUGGUGUCCUCGCUGGAGGUGAGGAACACCGGCUGCCAGCUGCUGCACUGCUUCCAACGAAACGAAAUAGACGAAAUCCAAGUGCACAGCCCGUACGAGAUCACGGUCAGGCAGAGGUUUAUCGGGAAGCCGGAUGUUUGCUACCGACUCUUGUCUGCAAAGAUGCCGGAGGCGCUGUCCGUGCUGGAGAUGCAGUACAAGAAGAAGGUGGAGUUCACCAGUGAAUACGCUGCCUUUAAGGUUUCUCCUGCUUCACCUUCGUGUGUCCCUGAGGGCUCCAUUUCCUGUGAUGGUCUGUCGCACAGGGGCCAGGACACGGAUAUCCCGAUGGAGGUCGCAGCAGGAGAGCUGUCCCAGCUGCACGUGCAAGUACUCCAGCCGACCGUCAGCCAGGCCGAAGCCCAAGAGCUCAAACAGAUGCUGAUGCAGCUGAAGAACCUGGCUCUGGAGGCAGAAACGGAACUGGAGCGGCAGGACGAGGCGCUGGACGUCCUGACCAGCUCCACGGACCGAGCCACCAUGCACAUCGAGAAGCACACCUGCCGCAUGAAGCGACUGCUGUGAGGACAGGCAGGGACAUUAAUUUAUUUAUUUCCUCCUUGAGGUGAAAUAGUCUUUAUUAUUUAUUUAUUGGCGUUUUGUGCGACUCUCGCAAUCAUGGAAUACUUGGCAUUAAUUAAUUAAUAAAUCAUUAAUUAAACUACCAUGAAACAAUAUAAAGCUAGACAGUUCUUAGUGAAAUGAUUACCAUUAUUAUUAUUAAACCCUAGUUUCCUGGAAUGUUAAGCAUAUAGUACAACGCGUCGCUCGGCAAAAACAAUGCUCAAAGUGCACCCACUUGUCAGAAGACAAAGUGCAUGUUGCACUGUUGCUUUAUCACAAAGACACGUCCAUCAUGUUGCAUGUCUGUCAAUGGACACACUACAGCAGGACAAAAACUGUAGUUCCUGUGUAAUAUGAAUACUCUAAAGCAGGGGUGUCCUAACUCUUUGACUUUGAGGCCACAUUGGGAUAAAACAGUUUGGCCAGGGGCCAAAAGCAGACUGCAUUUAAAGUAACAAUAUGCACACACACAUAUAUGUUUUGUGUGUGUGUAUAUAUGUAUAUAUACACACACAUAAUGUGCACUAUAUUGCCAAAAGUAUUUGGCCACCUGCCUUGACUCACAUAUUAACUUAAAGUGCCAUCCCAUUCCUAACCCAUAGGGUUCAAUAUGAUGUGGGUCCACCUUUUGCAGCUAUUACAGCUUCAACUCUUCUGGGAAGGCUGUCCACAAAGUUACAGAGAGUGUUUAUAGGAAUUUUCGACCAUUCUUUCAAAAGCGCAUUGGUGAGGUCACACACUGAUGUUGGUCGAGAAGGCCUGGCUCUCAGCCUCCGUUGUAAUUCAUCCCAAAUGUGUUCUAUCGGGUUCAGGUCAGGACUCUGUCCAGGCCAGUCAAGUUCAUUCACAGCAGACUCUGUCAUCCAUGUCUUUAUGGAACUUGCUUUGUGCACUGGUGCAUAAAGUGGACCGCUCCAAACUGUUCCCACAAGGUUGGGAGCAUGGAAUUGUCCAAAAUGUUUUGGUAUCCUGAAGCAUUUAAAGUUAAUUUCACUGGAACUAAGGGGCCAAGCCCAACUCCUGUAAAACAAUCCCACACCAUAAUUCAUCUUCCACCAAAUUUCACACUCGUCACAAUGCAGUCCGAAAUGUAGCGUUCUCCUGGCAACCUCCAAACCCAGACUCGUCCAUCAGAUUGCCAGAUGGAAAAGCGUGAUUCAUCACUCCAGAGAACGCGUAUCCACUGCUCUAGAGUCCAGGGGCGACGUGCUUUACACCACUGCAUACGACGCUUUGCAUUGGACUUGGUGAUGUAUGGCUUAGAUGCACCUGCUCGGCCAUGGAAACCCAUUCCAUGAAGCUCUCUGCGUACUGUACGUGGGCUAAUUGGAAGGUCCAUGCAGUUUGGAGCUCUGUAGCAACUGACUGUGCAGAAAGUCGAUGACCUCUUUGCAAUAUGCGCUUCAGCAUCCGCUGACCCCUCUCUGUCAGUUUACGUGGCCUACCACUUUGUGGCUGAGUUGCUGUUGUUCCCAAACUCUUCCAUUUUCUUAUAAUGAAGCAGACAGUUGACUUUGGAAUAUUUAGGAGCGCGGAAAUUUCACGACUAGAUUUGUUGCACAGGUGGCGUCCUAUGACAGUUCCACGCUGGAAAUCACUGAGCUCCUGAGAGCGGCCCAUUCUUUCACAAAUGUUUGUAGAAACAGUCUCCAUGCCUAAGUGCUUGAUUUUAUACACCUGUGGCCAAGCCAAGUGAUUAGGACACCUG